AUGCAAUUAGCAAUUGUAUUAAUUUUGAAUCUAAUACAAAAUUUAAAAAAAGGAUACAAAUUUUGUCACUUUUAUACAUCAAUAUACAAAAAUAUAGAAACUCUUUGUCUAAUAUAUUUUUAGGUUAAUAAGAAGCAGAUGAUCUUCAUAAAAAUAAGCAAUCUGAGAUUGAUAAAAAAAUAUUAAAAUGUUAUGAUAUUAGAACUUAAAGAAAAAAAAUAAAUAAAAACAGCAGUAUUUAUUUGUGCAGGCAUCUUUUGGAUGACUUAAGCAUUAAAAUUAUUUUUAUAUUCUGUGAUAUUGAAUGAAAAGGAAUAAUUUAUCUCAGCAAAAUGUAGUGAUAUUUUAUCGAAAUAUUUAUAAUCCAUACUUAUUCAAUCCAUUAUUAUCUAAAUAUCCAAUAAAAACCAUUAUUAUCAUGAAUUAAUCUAUUUGACAACUAUACUUAUGUUAUUAAGUUAGAUAAAAUAAUAAUUUACAUAAUAAAUAAUUAUCAAUAAAUACUUGAAAUAUUAUAUUAACCUAAUAAAUUUAACAUUAUUUAUGGAACAGCGUUUUGUGAAAUCAUUAUGA